UAUUGUCGCACCUUUGUUCUGAUAACGGUCCCUGCCCCCAUCGACAAAGUGCGAACGACUGGGAGGGCCGCAACAAUAUAAGAGGCCAGAGGAGUGUCAGGGGGACACUGUAUGUUGGGAGACCUGUGCUACUGUUCUGCUUUUUGCCAUGCCGAAGUUUUUUUUCCUCAUGGAUUUUCUCCGCGCUUGUGUCCUGUGCAGCGCUCUCCUCGGAGUCACCAAAGCUUUUACGCAUGAGGAUAUGAAGGACGCACUGCUGCAGAAACUUGGCUUGGAUGAAGUUCCUAAGAUCCAUAAGAGGGAUUUGGAAAAUUUGGUUAUUCCGGCACAUAUCAAGAACAAAUACUUGUCCAUGCUAAAGAUGCAUCACAGCAGAAGGCGCAGAUCUUUGCCCAGUUUGGCGGGCAUCCUGAGAGGAAUCCCUGGCAAUGCAGAUAUUUCUGGAGAGUAUGUGUACUCUGACACCACUCGGAAUCGCAUGGUUUUCGACAUGGAGGCGAGAAUCCCGGCAAACAGCGAGGUAACCAUGGCGGAGCUGAAGCUCUACCAGCGGGCUUCCUUCAACAAACGCUUCACGAUUGAAAGGAGGCACCACCGACCAGUGAACAACGCCAGGGUCAGCAUCUAUUGGGUGGAGCUGCUGCCCAACGGAUCCAACCGGACGUCGUUGAUAGAUUCACGGUUGAUCCCCAUUGACGAGACCGGCUGGAAGAGCUUUGAUGUCACUCAGGCGGUGCACUAUUGGUCCAAGACGCAGCAGAAGACACCUAUGCACCUGGAGGUGUGGAUCGAGGGCGAGAGACCUGGCAGCUACGCGGCAGAGAUGGCCAAGAGUGUUCGCUUUACCACCCAGGAGCAGACGGACAACACCUUGGGGAAGCCCGAGCUCAUCCUCUACACACUCAACCUCGAAGAGUACGGCUCUCGUGGCGACUGUGACGCCCACCAAAACAAAGACACCUGCUGCAGAGAACAGCACUUCAUCAACUUCCGUUCGCUCACUUGGACACAGUACUGGAUCAUCGAGCCGGCAGGAUACCAGGCCUUCAGGUGCACCGGUGGCUGCAAGCAGCCCAAACGCAACUACGGCUAUGGAGAGCGGCGGUGCACAGUGUCUGAGAGUUCACCGUUACCCAUCAUGUACCUGGUGAAGAAGGGGGACUACACCGAGAUCGAGGUGGCCGAGUUCCCCAACAUGAUCGUAGAGAGGUGUGCAUGCACGUUGGACAAUGUCUCCAUUGUAUGA